AUGGCGUCCUCCCUUCGAACCGUAAUCGUGACUGGCGGCAAUGGCGGCAUCGGUUGGGAAGCAGUCAAAGCCCUGUACACCUCCGACAAGCCAUACUACAUUUUCAUGGGCAGCCGCUCGGCAAGCAAAGGCAAAGAGGCCAAGCAGCUCUUGAUCGAGGAAUGUCCUUCGGCCAAGAACACCAUCGAAGUGCUGCCUCUCGACAUUGACAGCGAUGAAUCGAUUGAAACGGCGUUCCAACAAGUCUCGUCCAGUCGCGGCUCGAUCGACUGUCUCGUCAACAAUGCCGGAGCCAACUACGACAUUGCGCACCUCAAAGGCGAAAUGGGGCUCCGAGACUCCUUCACAAAAGCAUACAACACCAACGUGGCCGGCACACACGUCAUGACCCACACCUUCAUGCCUCUCCUGCUCAAAUCCACCGACCCUCGACUCAUCUUCGUCGCAGGCCUGGCUAACAUCACUCGCGCGGCAGAGAACUAUUUCCCCGCCCCCAAAGUGCCCGCCGGCUGGCCGAAGCCCAACCCCGGAUUCGAAGUCAUCAGCUACCGCGCCAGCAAGUGCGCGCUCAACAUGCUGAUGCUGGACUGGAACUACAAACUCCAGGCCGACGGCGUCAAGGUGUGGUGCGUUGGGCCCGGAAUGUUGGCGACGAAUCUGGGCGGAUUUGGUAAGGAGAAGGCGGCCGCGAUGGGUGCUGGGCAUCCCAGUGCGGGAGGUGAUAUUAUCCGCAGGGUGGUUGAAGGCGAGCGGGAUGCCGAUACUGGCAAAAUCGUGAUUAAAGACGGGGGCAUUUCUCCGUGGUAA